GCGGUCCUAUCCUCGACCUAAGGAGGCGUGGUCGCUAGUUCUUUUUGCGGCGGGGAGACACAGUGCGUCGCCGAUCCAUCGGCGCGGGCGGGGGCGUCGGGCGAGGGCCGCGUCGGGAGGGGCCCUUUUCGUCGCGCUCGCAAAGGAGCGGUCUGGCGAGGCCUCUCAUACGACCGAGAGCGUCCGCGGACGAGUCUCCCGCGUGCGGAGCCGCAUCUCUAGAGCGCAUGAUUUGACAGCUUGGAACGCCUCGGCACCGGGCCAGCGGCACGACCGACCGGCUGAGUUUCGACGCGGGGCAGCCCCGGAGCGCGCAUACGUCGAAGGGAGGCCAGCACGGCCUCGAUAUAUGCCGCUCCCAAGCCAUUAGGAUGAGGAGCCCACUCCCCCUGCUCCUGGCUGCGGCGGCCGCCGGCGCGGCCACCGUGGAGGUCCGCUUCACGGCGGACUUCACGGACGCGGUGACCUCCACCAGCAGCACGUCCUGCCGCGGCGGCGCCUACCGCGCGCACGCGCUCAACGUCGCCAGCAGCGCCGACGCGCUCCUGCGCAUCGAGGGCGGGGGCGUGGCCAAGGCCUGCGGAACCGACGCAAGAUGCGCCCAAGUCUUCGCCGCGAUGGGCUACGACGCCUGGGCGCUGAACGCCGCCGACGUCGCGUCGGGGUCCCUCCAGACAUUCGUCAAUGCCGCCGGCAGCAAGCCCGUGGCCUCGAACUACGACGAGGUCUACACGACGACCUUCGCCGACCUCGGCGGCGCCGUCCUGCUGGCGCUGUCGGCGACAAGUACUGCCACGUACCGCAAGGGGCUCGAGGUCGGCUGGGCCGACGCGCUCGCGGCCGGCGCGAGCCUCGACGAUAUCGUCGUGCUCUGCGUGUCCGGCAUCUCGCAACCCGACAUCGACGCGUUCGGCGCGAGCAGCGCCGCGGACGCCGUGCGCAAGAUCGCCGAGGAAAACACGGAGGUCGACAUUGUGAUCGCGACGGGUAUCUCCUCCGACCUGCCGUCGGCAGAGGAGCGGACGAACCACUUGAAUCAGAGGGUUCUGAUCGUGUCCGCCGACGCGGACACCUCCGUCGCGAAGUUCACGUUCGACAUGUCCGACGUCUCCCCGGCGUCGGCGGCGGCGGUCGCGUCCGGGACAUGUUCGUCGUCGUACCAGGACACGUUCGUCAAGGGCAUCAUCGACGGCGACGUCGACACCGUCCAGGUCGCGAUGCUCUGCGAGGACAGCGUCGCCGGGCGCGAGGAGUGCGACGCGGGGCGCGCGGCGAUCGACGCGAUCAACGACAAGAACGAUGGUUAUUUCGACGACCUGCUACCCCUCACGAAGCUGCAGCCCUCGAUCGUGGAGUUCCAAAGCUGCGGCGACAACGGCGCACGGACCGCGUGGCAGUCACUUCCUGUAACUCCCGUGGCCUCGAUCGGGCCCGGCGCCACCUCGUGCGUCAAGUCCGUGACAUCAACCACCAACCGGGACUUCCUGGGCCAGCCGGACGACCACCAACCAGUCGUCCUCUCGGAGUCGUCGACGGCCACGCCCGUCAGCGAUCGAUCUCAAUACCCGAACCUCGUCCGGCUGAGCAGCUCCGAGCGCAUCGUGAACGUCGCCCUGUCGGCGGUCACCAACUAUUAUGGCUGGGACCGGAUCGCCGUCGUCUACGAGGUCUCGGACUCGUGGGCCCGGGACGCGGCGCGGAUAUUUAGCGAGAACGUCAACUCGGUGGUUGGCGACCGCUGCACGUCGACCUACUGCCCGACGGAAGACGAGGCGGGUCACGACGGGCCCAAGACGGGCAUCCGUUUCGAUAAGACCACGCACUGGUCCGGCUGGCACAAGUACUGCGCCGGCGAAUCGUCGAGGACCUGCUCCAGCGACGCCGACUGCGUCGGCGCCGACACGUGCGACGACACGCUCCGGCCUGAGGCGGCCGACGAGAUCCUCAGGGAGCUGGAAGCCAACGACGCCAAGAUCAUCUAUGUGGCGAUGCACCCCAGAGACCAGAAAGUACUUUUCGAGUGCAUCAAGGAGACCGGCAUGAUGCAUGGCGCCGGCCACGCGAUCCUCAGUGGGUGGCUCUCGGAGGGUAUCUUCUUGAACGACGACGGGACGACGAACGCAGCAGCCGUGGAGGGUGCCCGGGGCGUCAUCAUCGCCAUGGAGAAGGCCGUGACGACCGGCAGCGUCGCGCAGGACUUCAUCGCCCACCGCACGCCCCGCCUCGACGAGAGCGUGUGCACAGGCGACCAGAUCGCCGGAAUGUACUGCGACGUCGACGGCGACGGCGGGACCAUCGGCGGCUACGGGCCGUUCGUCGUAGACACGGUUUAUACGCUGGCGAAGGGGCUCGACAGCCUGACGAGCAUCACCCGCCAGGACCCCGAUUCGGUCUACGCGGCGAUCGCGGGCCUCGGUUCGUUCGAGAGCUUCUCGGGCGACGUGACCCUGGAUGGCAACAACGAACGCCUGGGGUCGAUGACGAUCGUGAAUCUGCAGCUCGUGACGAGCAACCAGACGUCGCGGCGCCUCGGCGUGCCGCUCAGCGCGACGAGCGCGGAUUUUGUCCCCGUGGGCACGAUCGUCGACGGCGUGUUCAGCCCGAUCGCGGGCGUGGACGUCAUCUUCCCGGGCGGCACGACGGACGUGCCCUGCGACCCGUGCCCGGAGGACAAACACAAGAGCAAGGUGGACACCGGCCUCGCCGUCGGCCUCGGCUGCGGCUUCGGCGCCCUCAUCCUGCUCAUGGCCGGCGUGUGGUACCACCACUCAAAAAAGCUCAACAAGGACCUGGCCAAGGUCCGCGCGGAUUUGCAGGACUUCAAGGACUCCGUCGUCGGCGUGAAGGUUGCGGUGAGGGACUACGUGCCCAAGGCCGUGUCGACGGGCGACGCCGGGACGGCCGCGGCCAACGCCGUCCAGGGCGCGACGUGGUACUGAAAGGAGACGGAAGCGAACAUCACGCGGCACGACGUCGCGCUGGUCAAGCCGCCGUGCUGGGUCGCGUAUCCUCCCGACGUCCAGCGGCAGCUCGAGCAGGCCUUCGAGAGCAAUUUACCUAGGGUCCAGACGGGGCCCAACUACUCUGUUGAGUUGGGGACCAUGCAGCAGGUGAACGCGCGGAGCGGGUUCAAGCGCGACGUCUUAAGGGACGUCUCAUCAGCCUCGCAAAAAUCAACGAGACCGAGCGAAAAGGCAAAUACAGAAGUGCGGCCCGACGAAUUGUUGGGAGAGGACGCCCUGCUCCUGCGCAAGGGCUCGAUGAUCCAGAUCAAGGACCAGCGGAAAGACGGCUGGGCCUACGGGACUGUUGUCCUGAACAAAGGAGACGAGAGUAAAGAUAGACGGUUCCUCGAGGACGGCAUCUCGCUGUCGGCGGGCUGGUUUCCCCUCGCGUGUACGGACGUGCCGUCCGUCGAUCAACUCGGCGAGCUCCAGAAGCUGCUCGGCGGCGCGGGCGACUCGGCGCUCGAUCCGCCGAAGUACUGGGGCCAGGUGAAGGACCCGCUCAUGGCCGAGUACUUUCCGCUGCAGCAAGGAAGCGAGGAGUACCAGCGCGUCUACGACGCCAUCAACCUGACGACGGGGCCGCAGCAGCUCAGGAUCCACUCCAUCGAGCGGGUGCAGAACAUUAGUUUGUGGCAGUCGUACUGCGUGAAGAAGAGCGCCACGGUCGCGCGCGAAAAGGACCCCGUGGCGGCGGAGCGCAAGUACGUGCGCAAUUGGUCGAGAGCUGUGUGGAAAUCAACCAGUGAGUUGGCUGCCUGGAAUUUUCACGCCAUCGAGCAGACGCAGCUACGGAGAAAAUAUCGCGUCGAUGGCGUGGGGCGCGACCGAAAUUUGAUUUCCACACAGGCUCUUCCACGGGUGCGGCCCCGACGUCGUCGAUAAGAUCCUCCAGCAGGGAUUCAACCGCUCCUUCUGCGGCAAGAACGCGACGUUCUACGGCAAGGGCGUCUACUUCGCGCGCGACGCGAGUUAUAGUACGUAUCCACUCUACUCGCCCGCCGACGGGCGCGGGUUGCAGACCAUCUUCGCCGUGCGCGUCGUCGUCGGCGCGUGGUCCAAGGGCGUCAAAGACGCGCUGACGCCCGACGUGCGCGACGCGAGGCGCAACCUCCUCUACGACACGACCGUCGACAAC